CCAGUAAACAACAUUAACCGUGAAGCACCGAGCUUCACGACUAUUAAUGAAACAUCUGCCCGUAUAGAUGCGGUAUACAUGCUACGUUACCUACCUGUACUCAUCGUCCUUCCCUUCAUCUCACCAUGUCGUCACCAUACUCCCAGUACCCCAACGAGCCUAUCGCCAUCAUAGGCACAGGAUGCCGGCUGCCCGGCGGAGCCGAUUCGUCCAGCAAGCUCUGGGAACUGCUCCGCAACCCGCGCGACGUGUCGUGCAAUAUCGGCGGGGCCGGCCGCUUCAACCUCGACCGCUUCUACCACCCCGAAGGCGGCCACAACGGAACCACGCACACCCAACGUGGCUACCUGCUGCGCGAGAACCCCCGCCACUUCGACGCCAAGUUCUUCUCCAUCCCUCCCGGCGAGGCCGAGGUCAUCGACCCGCAGCAACGCAUGCUGCUGGAGGUCGUCUACGAAGCCCUCGAGUCAGCGGGCCUGCCCAUUCACUCGCUCUCCGGCUCCGACACGGCGUGCUACGUCGGCAUCAUGUGCCAGGACUUUUUCACGGUGCAGGCGCAGGACCUCUUGUCGGUGCCCAAGUACGCCGUGACGGGCAUCGCCGCCAGCAACGCCUCAAGCCGCGUCUCGUACUUCUUUGACUGGCACGGCCCCUCCAUGACCAUCGACACGGCCUGUUCUUCCAGCAUGGUCUGCGUGAACGAGGCCGUGCAGGCUCUCCGCAGCGGCACCAGCCGCGUGGCAGUAGCAUGCGGGACAAACCUGCUGCUCGCCCCGUUCAUGUACGUGUCGCUGAGCGCUGUCGGCAUGGUGUCGCCCACGGGGCGCUGCCACAUGUGGGACGAGAGGGCCGACGGUUACGCCAGAGGUGAGGGUGUCGGCGCCCUUGUGCUCAAGACACUGCACGCAGCCAUCGAAGACGGAGAUGAUAUCGUCUGCAUCAUCCGUGAGAUCGGCCUCAACCAUGACGGCAGGACCAAGGGGCUGACGAUGCCGAGCGCCGAAGCCCAGGCCGCCUUGAUUCGGGAGACUUACCGAAGGGCCAGGCUGGAUCCCACCAGCAAGUCAGAUCGCUGCCAAUUCUUCGAGGCACACGGCACCGGGACGCCUACUGGCGAUCCAAAAGAAGCCUCCGCCCUGAAUCAAGCUUUCUUUCCAAACCACGACACGGCCGAGGGAGAGCUGCUCGUGGGGUCUAUUAAGACCGUUGUCGGGCACACCGAGGGCACCGCCGGCAUAGCGGGGAUCCUGAAAGCCGCUCUAGCGGUGCAGCAUGGUGUCGUACUCCCAAACAUGCUGUUCAACAAGCUGAACCCUGCUCUCGAGCCGUUCACCAAGUUCCUCCGCAUCCCGACGGCUUGCGAGCCUUGGCCCGAUGUCCCCGCCGGGCAACCGCGGCGCGCCAGCAUCAACAGCUUCGGGUUCGGCGGAGCCAAUGCUCAUUGCAUAAUCGAGAGCUAUGAGCCAGAAAGGAGAUCCAUUCCCGAGGUGAAUGGAUCUGUGAUUAGUAACGGAUCUCCGCUGAUCCCCUUAGCAUUCUCCGCAGCAUGUCUCAACUCCCUCAUCUCCCAAGUCACCCAAGCACUCGAAUACCUCGAGCAGAACCCAUCCAUCCCUCUGUCCAGCUUGGCGCACACCCUCAGCACCCGGCGUUCGGCCCUGUCCCUGCGGCUGCCCAUCUACGCCUCGUCUGUCCCGGACCUGCGCGAAAAGACCCAGGCCAAGCUAGCAGCAGACGACAGCACCACCACGCACUCGGUAGCCGCGCUCCAAGCGCCGCCUUCCAUCCUGGGAAUCUUCACGGGCCAGGGCGCGCAGUGGAUGGGCAUGGGGGCAGCAUUAUUCGCGGCGAACCCGCUCGCGCGGGAUAUCCUCGACCGUCUCGACGCGGCACUUGCCAGCCUCCCGGCCUGCCACCGCCCGUCCUGGACGCUGGCGGAGCUUCUCUCCCCGGUGACAAGUAAGCUGCAUCACGCACACAGCAUGACAGAGGCGGCGGUGGCCCAGCCGGCGUGCACGGCGGUGCAGAUAGUGCUGGUGGACCUGUUGCGGGCGGCGGGGGUCCGGUUCGCGGCGGUGGUUGGACACUCGUCGGGCGAGAUCGCCGCGGCGUACGCGGCAGGCUUCCUGUCGGCCGAGGACGCCAUUCGCGUGGCCUACUACAGGGGCUUCUUCGCCAAGCUGGCGGCUGGGCUGGCGGGUGAAAAGGGCGCCAUGCUGGCGGCGGGGACAGACGUCGAGGACGCCGAGGAGCUGUGCCUGGUUGAUGACAUGCUUGGUAGGCUGUGCGUUGCGGCGCAUAACUCGCCUAGUAGCGUGACACUUUCGGGGGACAUCGAUGCUGUAGAGCUGGCACGAGAUGUCUUUGAAGAUGAACAGAAGUUUGCGAGGCUGCUAAGAGUUGAUACGGCGUACCACUCGGCUCAUAUGAGAUCGUGCUCUGGGCCAUAUCUCAAGGCUAUGAGGGACGUUGGGAUCCGGCAGCUGAUGCCAGGUCCGGACCGGCCAAGAUGGUUCUCGAGUGUCUACGACGCAGAGAUGACGCCAGAAGGGGCAACCAAAAAGGGUCUUGACGGCAGAUACUGGGUUGACAACAUGCUUCGACCCGUGCUGUUUUACCCGGCCCUCAAAACAUGCCUUUCUUCAUCCGACAUUACCUUCAACUUCGCUCUCGAGGUCGGGCCACACCCUGCGCUUCAAGGGCCAGCUAAAGAUUGUAUCCAGGACGUUACACAGCAAGAUAUGGCAUAUACCGGCACUCUCAGGCGUGGCUCCGACGACGCCGAGGCCUUUGCUGACGCCCUUGGAAGCCUGUGGGCCCGCUUCGGUCCCAGCCAUGUCAACCUCGGCGGGUUUCAGAAGAAGUGCCUCCCGGAUGUGGACGUCAGGCUCGCCGCCGCUCUCGCUUCCAAGCUGCCAAAGUAUCCUUGGACCCACGAGAAAGAGUAUUGGGCCGAGUCGAGGAAGAGCAAGAUCCAUAGUUCAGACCCAGGAGAAUUCCAUGACCUGCUUGGCCUUCGAGAGCCCGAUGGCCUGGCGGACGAAGUACGUUGGCGACACAUACUGAGUGUGAACGAUCUCAGGUGGCUUGCCGGCCACACGCUGCAGAGACAAGUAGUCUUCCCCGCGACGGGGUACAUCUGCAUGGUUGGGGAGGCCGCAAUGCAGAUCGUGCAGCCAACGGGGCUGAGGGUGGCCUGGAUCGACGUGUUGGACCUGGAGAUCCGGAAAGCCAUCGCCGUGCACCAGGACUACGGCACCGAGGUGAUCCUCUGCUUUUCCAGAGUGUGUCCUCCUCUUCCCGACGCCACAACGGAAGCCGUCACAGCAUGCUUCAACAUCUUCUCAAGUCCCGCCAGAGACGCCACUCAGCUGGCACUGCACUGCUGCGGGAAAGUUCGUAUCACGUUGGUUCCAUCGUCGCUUCACACCGAAUCCGGUAGCGGGAAAUUCGACUACGCCUCCAUCUUCCCCGCCCGGCGGGCGCCGGUCCCUGGCAUGAACAACGUUGAUAUCGACCGAUUCUAUCAAUCUAUGCGCGACGAAGUCGGCCUGGGCUGGGACGGUGCUUUCAGGGGCUUGACCAAAAUUAUGCGCAAAGGCGGGUAUUCGACCGUCACAGCGACGAACCCUCAGUUCUCCGAUACCGACACAAAGCUUUUGUUCCACCCCGCUAUGCUUGACUGCGCCCUGCAGGGUCUCAACGCGGCCUUCGCGGCCCCGGGUGAUGGCAGCAUCUGGGACCUUGUAGCCCCUACCCACAUUCGCCGCGUCACCAUGGUCCCCGAGCUGUUGAAACGACACCGAAUGGAUGAGCAGGUGGCCAUCGACUGCACCGCCACCAUCAGCCCAACCGAUGCCCGUGCCAAAAUCUCCUUAACAGGAGACGUCGAAGUGUAUGCUUCGGCUUCGCAAGACCGGGACAGGUCCGCCACCAAGCUCAUCGAGAUGGAAGGCAUCAGGAUCUCGCCCGUGGCUCCCCCAACCGCCGAGCAUGACCGGCCUUUCUUCCAAGAGUCCAUAAUGUGUCUCGACAGCCUAAACGCCAAGGUUGCACGCGGCGGCAUACGCUUCAACCCAGAAGAGAAAGCCACUGCUUUGGACGCGGAACGGGUGGCCUUCUACUACCUCAAAAAGUUGUACCUGAAAACCACCCCCGAGAUGUUGGCCACUUUGCCGAGAUACCGGCAGUGUCUGCUAGCCGAGGCGGGACGUGUCUACCAUCGCGUCAGGGACGGGGAGCACGGGUUUGCACCGCCCUCCUGGGUAGAUGACACAGCCGAGUCCACCGCGGAGGUCAUGUCCCGCUACGACCCCGAGGCCAUCGACUUCAUCACGGCCAAGACGGUUGGCGAGAACCUCCUGGUACCCGAAGUACUCAGCGGCGAGGUGAACAUCUUGCAGUACAUGGUGCGCAACGACAUGCUCGAGCGCUGGUACAGCGAGGGUGUGGGCCAGCGGAUUCUCAACCAGAUCGGGACAGACCUGAUUGCAAAGCUCUGCCACAAGUAUCCCCGCAUGAACAUGCUGGAAAUUGGUGCGGGUACGGGCGGUUCAACGGCGUCGAUCCUGUCGCGAGUUGGCGAAAACUUCCGGCGUUACACAUACACUGAUAUCAGCAGCGCCUUCUUCGAGCGUGCGGCUGAGCGUUUCCACGCACAUGCCCAUAAAAUGGUCUUCAAGACGCUCGACAUCACCAGAGACCCCUCGUCGCAGGGCUUCACGCCACAGAGCUACGACGUUGUUGUCGCACAGAAUGUGCUGCACGCCACAGCGCCGCUGAAGGAGUCGCUUCGGCACGCCCGCAAACUUCUUCGUCCCGGCGGCUACCUGAUGCUAUUGGAGCUGUUGCGCAGCGAGUCUAUGCGUUUCGGGCUUGUUGUGGGAUGCCUGCCGGGAUGGUGGGUGGGGGAGGAUGAUGGCAGGAAGGGCGGUCCGCUGCUCACGAUGGAUGAGUGGCAGUCGAUCCUGGCAGAGACUGGGUUCGCCGUCGAUACAGUCUCGGAGGUUCUCGAUCAAGAGGACGUCUGGGCCGUCCUCUCAGCGCGGGCAGUAGACGAGCAGAUGGUGCCGGCGCUGAUCAACCCGCUUCCAAGGACUCUCACGGUUCCACGUGCCAAGAACUUGUUGAUCGUUGGCGGGAACAACGCCGUGUGUGGCUCUGUAUCACUUCGUAAGCAAGUCGCAUCAGUCGUCUCGCCAUAUUUCGAAAGGGUCACCUACCUCGAGGACGUAUCCACGCUCUCUCCAGACGCCGAACAAGACAUCCUCGCCAAGAAGGGUCUUCAUGUGCUGAACCUUUGCGAGUGCGACUCCAACUACUGGGAAGACGUAACCGAGCCUUCCUUUGAGAAUUUGAAGCGACUUUUCAGCAAAGCAGCCAGCGUGCUCUGGUUGCUGCAGGGCUGCCUGGACGAGAACCCCUACGCUGGAGCUACACUAGGCUUCCUCCGGACGAUCCGGUACGAGAUUCCGGACACAGCGGUCCAAAUGCUCGAUAUUGGUACCUCGACGCUCCGCGACCCCUCUCCAAGUCCCGACCUUGUCCGGUUGGUAAGCGAGUGCAUGCUCCGCCUGGCCGAGGCUUCCGAACUAGAGGCGGCGGGCAAGUUAAACCAGAUCCUCUGGAGCGUGGAACCGGAGCUGUACCUCAAUGAGAGCGAUGGCCAGCUUUACGUCCCCCGCCUACGGUGUGCAGACGGGCCAAAUCUUCGGUACAAUGCGGCCAAGCGGCCCAUCACCCAGUUUGUGGACAUUUCCAGCGAAUCCGAGACGCCUCUCGACUUGGUCUGGGAUAAGAAUGACAGCAAGUACAUCCUCUUAGAGCAGCACGAGUUCGCCCCGGCAACGCCCAACAAUCUGGUCACGAUCCGGGUCUCAUGCUCCUUCCUCUCCUCGCUCAAGACGCCCGCCGGUUUCUUUUACAUCUGCCUCGGUGCCAAUACCCAGACAGGAUUAAAGACACUGUGCUUGUCUGACCGUCAGUCCUCUAUCCUAACUGUACCACGGUCCUGGACAGUAGGGCUUGGCACCACGUCUCUGGGAGUGGAAGAUCUGGCAUUCAUGUCCUUCGUUGCGGUGGAUCUCCUUGCUAAGCGUAUCCUUGAGCUUGCAGCGACCUCCCAUGGCAGCGUUGCUAUCCUGGACGCCAAUCCAGUAGCCGGGGCGCUGCUUUACAAGAGAUUGACCGAUGUGGGCAAAACGGUACUUCUGAUCACAUCCAACCAGAGCAGCGAGGGGUCUUCGACCGUCUUUCUCCAUCCGCACAGCCCUCAAAGGGCCAUCAACACCGCCUUGCCGUCGGACACAACCCUCUUCAUUGAUGCCUCCAUCACAGCCGGCAAUCCAGAGGCUUCGGCAAAGCUGGCUUCCCGCAUCGAGACCAUGCUCCCUGCGGUGUGUGACAAGAUCAAGCUUUCGGCGAUGAUGAGCCGCGAAGCUUCGACGCUCCCGGAAACAGCCCCCGAGAGCAUCUCAACGCUGCUUCAAAGUGCUGCUUCAUUCGCCACAAUGUUCUCCCAGUUGGGGCCAAUGCCAAUCGCAGGCGGCGGGCCUCUCGAGGUGCUUCCGCUCCCCAAGCUGUUGCUGGCUCCUCUCCCCCCAAAGCCGACCUCGCUGGUGUACUGGCAGGUAGAACAGGAGCUGCCCGUGUCGGUACAGCCGGUCUUCAUGCGAAAGGACCUGUUCAGGCCAGACAGAACCUACUGGUUGGCCGGACUUUCGGGAACGCUGGGUCUGUCCCUUGUCGACUUCCUGGCAGCGCAUAACGCCAAGCAUAUUGCUAUCAGCAGUCGGUCUCCAAGCGUUGACGAUUCAUGGGUGGCAUGGCAGGCGAAGAAGGGCGUGACAGUUUCCCACUUUGCGGGAGACCUUACAGACUAUGAGUCCGUCAGGAAGACCUACAAGUCGAUCCGUGAUUCGGGCAUGCCGCCUAUCGGGGGCGUCGCCGUCGGCGCCAUGGUGCUGAUUGACAGCACUUUCAUGGAGCAGCGCUUCGAGGAUUUCCAGGCUGUUCUCCGGCCUAAGGCGAUGGGCGCGAUGAACUUGGAUCGGCUGUUCUCCAAGGAAUCGGCGGAUCUCCUGACGGGCGACACGGCGGAAGGAUUGGACUGGUUCAUCGGGUUUAGCUCGCUGAUGGGGACAACAGGAAACCCAGGUCAAGCGCCGUAUGGGGCGGGCAACUGUUUCCUCAAAGCGGUGACAAAGAGGCGGCACGACCGAGGUCUGGCGGGCUCGAGUAUCGACAUUGGCCCGUUGUUCGGGGUCGGCUAUAUCGAACGGGCGCUAACGCGGGAGUCUCAGGCGCGACUCAUGCAGCGGUCGGGCACUAUCCCAUCGAGUGAAUCAGACUUGCAUCAGCUGUUUGCCGAGGCCGUGGUGGCGGGACGGCCCAAUUCGGGGGUUGCAGACCCCGGAUUGAUAGCGGGGCUUGGCAUCCAGAAGGGCGAUGCAGCCGAAGGCGCCUUUUGGAGCAAGAGCCCCAGGCUAUCUAUGAUGAUUCGCGAUGAAGGAUCACGGGGCGCGUCCGGCGCGGGAGACGCGGGCUCUGCUUCGGUACCGGUCCGGAAACUGCUCGAGGAGCCGACGGUUAAGACGCUUGAUGACGCGUACGAGGUCAUCCUCGGGGCCAUCCGUGAUAGACUGCAUGCGUCCAAAUUCCUCCCCGACCAAAACAGCCAACACGACACGACACCGCUGGUGGAGUUGGGUGUCGACAGCCUCGUCGCGGUCAAUGUGAGGUCAUGGUUCCAAAAAGAAUUGUCUGUUGAGGUCCCAGUGAUGAAGAUACUGGGUGGGGCGUCUAUGGCCGAUCUGGUUGCCUUGGUCCUCGACAAGCUCCCUCAAGACAUCUUGAGCCGACUACAGGCACCACAGCAGGAGACACAAGCGGCGUACAUUGAGGUUCCGGUGCUGGAUAAGGCGGAAAGCGAGUCUUCAGUAGAAGAGGACGUGAAUUUUGGUCAGGAGGCCAAUGGAUAUGUGAAUGGCGGGUCCCAAAUGAAUGGGGGUCUGGGACAGGCGAAGUCCGUCAUUGAUGUCAAGGUGGCAGAGCUUGACGACGUCGUCGAGAUCGAAGGGUUGAUGCUCGAUCUUGAUUGA